GCUAACAAAGAGUGUUUGACUGGUUUGAAUGGGAAAAAUUAAGUUUGGCAAUCGAAAGGAAAGAACUUACACGAAGGUUGAAUAAACAAAGAAAGAAACUGUCUCAACCAACAACUACCCUUUCUCUUUCUCUCUCUCUAUAUAUCCAAACUGUGAUGCGUUGUGAGUAAUAAUAACUGUUGCUUCAAGCUACGCACGCUCAAACCAGUUUUCUCUCUCUGUUUCUUUCUGUCAUUAAACGGAACCGAUGGAGGAGGCUCCUCCGGCGGAGGCGGUGGCCGUACGGCGAGCGUUGGAGCUGCUGCGGCUAAACGACCCCGUUCUGAGGGUCCAAGCGGCCAAGGACAUCCGCCGCCUCACUAAAACCUCCCACCGCUGCCGCCGCCAACUCCGUCAGGCCGUCACCCCACUCGUCUCCAUGCUCCGAGUCGACUCGCCCGAGUUCCAUGAACCCGCCCUUCUCGCUCUCCUCAACCUCGCCGUACAAGACGAAAAGAACAAAAUUAGCAUUGUGGAAGCUGGUGCAUUAGAGCCGAUAAUCAGUUUCCUCAAGUCAGAAAAUCCAAAUCUGCGGGAGUAUGCAACUGCAUCUUUGCUCACUCUAUCUGUCUCUCCAACCAACAAACCAAUCAUCAGUUCUUGUGGCGCGAUUCCUCUGCUUGUAAAUACUCUUAAAGAUGGAAGCUUUCAAGCUAAAGUUGAUGCUGUGACGGCUCUGUCUAAUUUAUCAACACACCCUGAAAACCUGAGCAUCAUUCUCGAAACAAAUGCAAUGCCUUUUAUAGUCAAUCUUCUCAACACCUGUAGAAAAUCUUCAAAAAUAGCUGAAAAAUGUUGUGCUCUGAUUGAAUCCUUGGUGGGUUAUGAGGAGGGUAGAACUGCCUUAACAUCUGAAGAAGGUGGGGUUCUUGCAGUCGUGGAAGUUCUUGAAAACGGAACGCCCCAGAGUAGGGAACAUGCAGUUGGAGCACUGCUGAGAAUGUGUGAAAGUGAAAGAUGUAAAUACAGGGAACCGAUUCUCAGAGAAGGUGUUAUUCCGGGACUUCUUGAGCUGACAGUUCAAGGAACCUCUAAAUCACAGCCAAAAGCACGUACCCUUUUGCAGUUACUGAGAGAGUCUCCAUAUUCAAGACCUGAAGUCGAACCGGACACUCUUGAGAACAUAGUUUGUGACAUCAUAUCACAGAUUGAUGGAGAUGAUGAAUCUGGUAAAGCGAAGAAGAUGCUGGCUGAGAUGGUCCAAGUAAGCAUGGAGCAGAGUUUGAGACAUUUGCAGCAAAGGGCUCUUGUAUGUACUCCUUCUGAUAUGCCUAUCACAAGUUGUGCUUCUGAAGUUUCUUCAAAAUAGUGGUUGAGUUGGGCUCUUCUACUUCGUAUCUUUUCCUAUCUUUUGCUUUGCACUUGGAACUUGUGAUAUAAAUUUUCUGUAAUAUAAAAAGAAAAAAAAAAGUGAAAAAAAUGCCAGUCCAGGCCAUGGUGGAGGUGUCGAGUGACUGGUAAUGGUAAUUGUGAAUAAAAUGUUGUCGUAUGAUGAAAAGAACUUGAUUUUGUAAAGGAAACGUUGUAUAAAAAUAGUACACAGAAGUAGUUAAGGGUCUUGUCAAUUCUUCCUGUUCUCUUUAUAGUUGCGUAGCUAGCAAGUACUUGUUUAUAUAUUGAAUUGUGCAUUUUAAUGGGAGCUUCCUUUAGAGUUUGGUAUUUUGGACA